GGAAAGGCAUGUGUGUCAUGGUGAGCUGAGCAAGCUUCGGUGGCGAUUGACGUCAUUACUGCGUGUCAAUGUAGAUUCAAGAUCAAGACAAAGACAACGCCGUGGCGAUAACGAAGCCCUUGGAGCAAACGCUUUAAGAUGUUCACAACUCUCGUUCUGGCGGGGGUGCUCUCCAUCUGCACGGCCUUAGGGGAGGCACGGACCAACGGCAGCAGUGCGGUCGUUAGUGAAGCUCGUUCUCUGCCGGCAAACAGCACCUGUGACGUCAAUGGGACCAGCUUUCUGUGCUCACCGCUGGAGUGCGUGGGUCUCGACCUGACCUGCGACGGCGUGCCCCACUGCUCCAACGGUGCAGACGAGGCUGUCACGCUAUGUGGCUGUCUGAGCAACGAGUUUUCCUGCGGCAACUCCUGCAUCGACAUUCUGAAGCGUUGCGACACGAAGGACGACUGUCCUGACGGCAGGGACGAGCAAAACUGCGGUGGCCCGUGCGCACCGGAUCAGUUCCGCUGUUCCGGCGGACGCUGUGUCCAGCAGUCGGCUGUCUGCAACGGCGUCUGCGACUGCGCCGAGAGCUGCGCGGACGAGAAGACGUGCGAUCGCCGCUACACCGUCACGCACGGCGUGGUGCAGUGCGUGGACAACCGGACGUGGCCCUGCUACUCGCCCCGGCAGGACAUGCCCAUGACCUGCAUCGGCUCCGAGUUCAUCUGCGACGGCCAGGUGGACUGCCUCACAGACGGCGUGGUGCACAUGUCCGACGAACAGAGCUGCCGAGCGCCUGGGGACGCGGCAGCGUGUGAUUCGGGGGAUUUCCGCUGUGGAGAUGGCCGCUGUGUGCCCCGCACAGCACUGUGUGACCACAAACCCGACUGUCUGGAUGGAGCCGACGAGGCCAGAUGUGCCGCGCCGGCCUGCGCCCCACACCAAUGGCGCUGCUCCAGCGGCCAAUGCGUGCCCGCGAGCGCCCGCUGUGACCUGCGCUUCGACUGCUACGACCGCUCGGACGAGACACAGUGCGAGACGAUCGCCUGUCCAGCUCACCUCAGGCGAUGCUCCAGUGGACAGUGCUUAGCGGCGCACAAAUGGUGCAACCACGUGACAGACUGCUGGGACCACAGCGACGAGACGGCCUGCGCCGCACCGUCCAAGUGCGGUGUUGGGGAGUUCCGAUGCGCCAGUGGCCAGUGUGUGCCGCUGCGGGACCGCUGUUUCCAGUCGGGUCUGCCCGGACGCGGCUGCGGGGACGGCUCCCACCUUGUCGACUGCGACCGCUGGAAGUGUCCGAGCACAGAGUUCAAGUGCACAAACGGCCCAUGCCUGAACAUGAGCCUUGUCUGCAACAACAGGAUUGAUUGUGCGGAGAGCUGGAACGACGAGGACCCUUGCACGUUCCAGUGCUCGGAGGACGCGCGCUGCCAGUGUCGUGACGUCACCAUAAACUGCACAGGCCUGGCCAGGAUCGCUCCACCUGAGCACAUCGAGUCUCAGAUCACCAUAUUCGAUUUUCGAGACAACAGAAUCGACCUCCAGAAGAGCUUCCAGCUGUUUUUGCGGUACGAACGGGCGGUUAAAUUAUACCUCAGUUCCAACGGUAUUCGGCGCAUACCUCCGAUGGUGUUCCGGAACAUGUUCCGUCUGCAUGUUCUCGACCUGCGGAACAACGAAAUUACCGCCAUCGAAAACCACACGUUCUUCGGCCUGCAAAACGUCAAAGCAAUUUACCUGGAAGGCAACCGGAUUCAGACUGGUUCAAGACAGCUCUUUCCUGGGAUUGUCAUCGCUCAAUAUGCUGGAUCUCAGUGGCCAGAUGUUGGACUAUCUGCCAUCACGAUCAUUUAUCGGCCUGCGUCGCCUUGUCAACCUCAAUUUAUCCAACAACGGGCUGCGAAAACUAGAAGUUGCCACCUUCACCGGACUAAAUCAGCUUCUCGUUUUGGACAUCAGCGACAACCAGAUUGAGGGGCCCCCGCGGGACGUGUUCAGGAGCUUGGUGUCGCUGCACCAUCUGGAGACGGACAUGUUUGGUCUGUGCUGUCUGGCUCGACACGCCGAUACAUGCCUGCCAAUGGCCGACGAGUUCUCCAGCUGCGAGGACCUCAUGUCCAACAUCGUGCUGCGCUCCUGCAU